AUGUCUGGAGGUAGCGUCGGCGCGGUGGCGGGGGGCCGCGGGCCUCGGGCGGGGCGGGGCCCGCUGUCCCGGUCCCGCAGCUUCGACCCGGACCCCGACAUGCACCCCGACAUGCACCCCGACAUGCGCCAGCCGUACCCCGGACACAUGGGUCACCUCGGGCACCCCGGACCGUACGGCUCGCUGGGGCCGCCGGGCGCGGGGCCGGGCAUGGCGGCGGCCGGCGCCGGCUACGCCCCUGCCUACGGCCCGCCGUACGGCUACGGCGGCUACAGGGGUGGCUACGAUCCCGGCUACGCCGGCGGCGGCCCCGGCUACGCCUACCAGCACCACCAGCAGCUGGUGCACCGGCCCAACGCGAACGCCCUGGCCGUGGGCCACGCCGAGUCCGAGCGCUCCAAGUGCGGCAUGUUCUGGCGCUACGUCUGGAAGCUCAGCUCCUGCCUCUGCUCCCACGUCACCCUCGUGUCGCUGGUCGUCGCCUACUGCCUGCUCGGCGCCAUGACCUUCGAGAUGCUGGAGAAGGACCACGAGGUGGAGGUCAAGAAGAACGUGACGCUGAGGAGGUCCAACGUGACGCAGUGGCUGUGGACCAUGACCUCGGACACGGCCGUGCUGCACCAGGAGAACUGGACGCACUCCGCCAUCGAGCGGCUCAAGCUGUUCGAGAAGGAGCUGGUGUGGGCCAUGCGCAGCCAGGGCUGGGACGGCUCCGAGGACCUCAAGCUGGUGCAGUGGACCUUCGCGGGGGCGCUGUUCUACUCCAUCAUCGUCAUCACCACAAUCGGGUACGGCCACAUCGCGCCCAAGACGCACAUCGGCAAGGUGGUGACCAUCUUCUACGCCAUCCUGGGCAUCCCGCUCAUGCUGCUGUGCCUGUCCAACAUCGGCGACGUGAUGGCACAGUCGUUCCGCUUCCUGUACUGGAGGGUGUGCUGCUACGUGUGUACCCGCAAGCCGCAGCCUCAGAGCCCCCAGCCGCGGCGCGGCACCCGCAUCGCGAGGUCGCGCCCGGCGUCCUCCAGGUCGCGGCUGGCCUCCACGCGGCGGUCGGGGCGCGUGUCCACGCGGUCGGCCGACGCCGUGCUGCACUCGGUGCACGGCGUGGUCCGCGCCUCGCACUCCGACACCGAGUGCAGGUACCCGGACGAGGACCACGACGUGGGCUACCGUGACGGGGGCUACCGCGACGCGGGGUACCGCGACUACCGAGGCGCGUCGCUGGGCCCGCCGAUGACCGCCGCCCCCAUGGCCGCGCCGCGCUACGCGGACGCAGAGCCGCGCCUGCCCGGAGGUGGAGGCGCAGGUGGCCCCGGCGGCCCCGGUCCCGUGCUCUACAACAAGUACGCCCUGGACAGGGAGGAGUCGGGCAGGGCCCGGGAAGGACAGCGCCGUCUGCGAGCCCAGUCCGUGGGCCGCGAGGGCGGCAGGGAGGGGCGUCGACGCGGACCCUCGGUGGGCCCCGGGGGCUCCCUGCCCAGGCAGCACCGCCUCGCCGAGCGCCACGACUUCGAGCGGGGGCCGCCCGUCAGGGGCCCGCCCGUCCGGGACUCGCUCAAGAGUUCCCAGAGGAGCAGCGGAUACGGCUCCGCGUCGCACCGCCGCCACCACUCGGAGCUGGCGCCAUCGCCGCGCAUCAUGUCCCCGAUGGGCUUCGGCAUCAACCGCAACCUGUUCCGGGCGGUGCACGGCGUCGACGACGGCCUCGGCAUGGACGCGGACCUGGAGCUGGGCGGCUGGGAGGCGGCGUCCAGCGCGGGGCCGGGCGGCCCGGGCCAGAUCCGGCCCGUGCCCAUCUGGCUGUGCGUGUUCCUGGUCGUCAGCUACAUCUUCGGCGGCGCCUUCCUCUUCUCCAACUGGGAGAAGUGGCACUUCCUGGACUCGGCGUACUUCUGCUUCAUCACCCUGACGACCAUCGGCUUCGGCGACUUCGUGCCCGCGCAGCGCGUCGAGUCCAACGCCGAGGUGUCCAUCGCCCUGUGCUCGCUGUACCUCCUGUUCGGCAUCGCGCUGCUCGCCAUGAGUUUCAACCUGGUGCAGGAGGAGGUCAUCAGCUCGGUGCGCGCCGUGGCGCGCCGCCUGGGCAUCAUCAAGGCCGAGCCUGAGGACGACUAGGCGCGACUAGGUGCGUCUCACCAGGUGACAAUCGUGCUGGCCUGCGUGGCGUCAUGCCUCGCGCGGCCCAAGUGGGGCGACGCCCCACGCCACGGGGAGGUCGGGCAGGGCCUCGGGCAGGGCCAGGGGCAGGGCCCCCAGCGAGGCAGUGGAAGCCACG